AUGUUGAUCAGUGGCGUUGUGCUAUUACUGGUCGUUUCAAAAACUGAAGGGUUCUUGUUUCCACCAAUGGGUGGCGGAGGUGGAGGUGGUUGUUGUUGUUGGUAAGCUCUUUAGUUUCGGUUUUGUACUUAUAAUUUUCUAAUUUUUCGAGGACGUACGUUUUUUUAGUACUGGUUUAAAGUUUUUUUAAAAAUGUUUAAAGUUCAAAUUUUAUUUGCUUUCUAGUAUCAUUUUUUGUACGUUUCAGAGGUUGUACUACUCACGAUAAGUCUCGAAAAUAAUCUUUAAAAAAUAAUUUUAGCUCCGCGCCAUCCCCUCCACUUUGUUGCGCCCCUCCACCACCACCGCCGCCACCACCACCGUGCUGUGCUCCACCCCCACCGUGCUGUGCUCCACCCCCACCACCAUGUUGUGCACCACCACCACCUCCUCCACCACCGCCAUGCUGUGCUCCACCCCCACCACCACCACCGCCACCACCACCCCCACCGCCAUGCGGAUGCGGUGCCCCACCACCACCAUCUGGAGGAGGCUGUGGUUGUGGUGCCCCACCAGCACCAGUCGGCUACGUCGUAGCACCAUUACAAAUCGCUGCAGCUCCUGCUCCAGCACCCGCUCCAUCAUACGCUCUACCUCCACCACCACCCAGCUAUGCUGCUCCACCUCCACCGCCGCCAAGUUAUGCGCCGCCACCGCCAAGCUAUGCCCCGCCACCGCCGAGUUACGCCCCUCCACCACAAUAUGCUCCACCACCACCUCCUCCACCUCCACCACCACCAGCGCCGUCUUACAACCCAGGCCCAUCGUACGAUGCACCAAAAUUGCCACCUAUGAUUCCACCUCCAUCUGGAUACGGUAGGUUUACAGCUCUUUAGACUAAAAAUGAAUAUGAAGCUUAAAAAUGAAAUUUUAGGCUUAAAACUUAAAUUUUAGGCUUAGAAAUGAAUUUAGACUUAAGUUAUGAAUUUUAGUCUUGUAUAUUUAAACUUAAUAAUUUUUUAGCCAAAGGAAAUCUCGCUAGAUUAAGACGCGCUCCAGUUCGCAAAUUCCGAGUAGCGAAGCUAGCAUAA